CGGAAGAGGGAGCACGGAUCAUUUGUUCCACAUUCCAGCAGAGGCUUGAUCCAACAGGGGGUAGUUGGAAGAGCCCAAGCAACGCGACUGUGGACUUUUACUGGAGAGAGUUUCAGGUAAAAUUUGGUUUGAUACGAGUAUCAAAUGUAUGCUUUCUAUAUUUUGUAUUUUAUUUAAGAUAUUUUCUAACAUGUCCGAUCUAACUUCUUUUUUAAAUUUAGAAACAUGCCACUUGGGACCCUCGCAUUGAUGAUAGCGUUAUGUUCCGUGCUUGGCGAUCGAAGGCUAGAAUGCGAUACACCGACUGGCUCUCAUCAAUUAGGAAUGAGAAGAAAGGAACAGAGAAGGUGCAACCACUUAUACCGCAAUCGUGGAAGGAGUAUUGGAAGUCACCAAAGUUCUUGGCAUCCUCCAAGCAAAACAAGAAAAAUCAGCGUGGCGGUGACGAGAGUGCCCCUGCUAGCGCCACGCACACCGGUGGUCCAUUGUCUUUUCGCGAGUCUCAAGCACGCCUUCAAAACUGCGUAGCCAUGCAAGAGGCAGUUCGUGAAGAAGGCUUAAAUGUGACACCUGACGAGAUUUUUCUAUCUACAGUUGGAGGACAUGAUGCCAAGAAUCGUGUUCAUGGUGUUGGAGAUCUCGCACGGAGCCUACCACGAAUGCAUGCAAGUCAGGCAAGACGGGCUAGCACCAGUUCUAUGUGGGACCCUCGAGAUGAUGAGAUUCGGAGGUUGAGAGAAGAGCUAGAUGACAUUUGAGCUUCCCAAGCGCGUGAAUUAUUAUCGAUUAGAGAAGAGAUGAGCCGACUUUAUGGAGGAGUUUUCCCACGAGGAAAUGGAGAUGGCGGUGGAGAUGGAGGAGGGGCGGGAUUUACAGGGGCUUGUUGAGUUUUUAAUCAGAAUUGAAGAACAAUAUAUUAAACUUAAGUUU